GGACGUGCGCCGCGCGGCCGCCGUGCUGCGGGACAGCGGCAAGACGCACAUGUAACACACACAACAUGCCGUCGACAUCAGGGACGCCUGCCUACUUAUAGCUAGAGGUGUUCGCGGAGGGGGCGCGCCGCCGCCGACAUGUACCUGGCCGCCGGGGACGUGCGCCGCGCGGCCGCCGUGCUGCGGGACAGCGGCAAGACGCACAUGCUGAUAGAACUGGCGCGCAAGAUGGACAAGGGCUCGAGUGAGUCGCUGCGGCACCUGGCCGAGGCUCUGGUGGCCGCUGGGGAGCUGACCACCGCCGCCGACCUCUACCAGAGACUCGGAGACUACAGGAGAGUCGGCCAACUCGCAGUGGCUGCGGGCGAAUGGUCGCGAGCUUUCGCGCUCGCUCGCGAUCAUCCCGAAUGCAAGAAAGACGUUUACUUACCUUACGCGCACCGGAUGGCUCAAGAAAAUAAAUUUGUUGAAGCGCAAAAAGCGUACCACAUGGCGGGCGACUGGCAGACCGCUCUCCGCGUGCUCACCAUACUGGAGCAGGGCGCGCUGUCUGAGGAGCGCUUCUCGGACGCGGCUCACCUGCGCCACCUGCUGGCGCGGCAGGCACUACACUCCCUCCACACCUCCGACAGUAGUGAGCGCGCAACAUUGCUGCGUCAGUACGAGAAGAGCGAGUGGUUGUCGCGGGUAUACCACGCAUACGACGCGGUCCACCGCAGCGUGCACGAGCCGUUCUCGUUGAGCCAGCCGGACGGCCUGCUGCACGCGGCGCGCUACGUGCUGUCCCAGCUGACGAGCGCACCCGCACCGCCGGGCCUCUCCAUGUUCUGCCUCUAUCUCUGUAUGGCGAAACAGGCCAAACAGCUGAACGCAGGACUUCUGGCGCGACAGAUGCUGGACAAGAUUCUCGGUCUGCAGAUACCACACAAAUUUCAGGAGAGUGUUGAGCUGCUGAUGCUGAAGAGCGGCAGGCAGGCGGGUCGCGAGGAAGACCUGGUGCCGCUGUGCUGGCGCUGUCGACGACACGCCCCGCUCAUGGCCACGCACUGUCCGCGCUGUCGGCACGUGUUUGUGCACUCUAUGGCCACACACGAGGUACUGGCGCUGGUGCAGUUCGUGCCCGAGACCGGCAUCUCCGAGGAGGAGGCGCUGGAUCUAAUCGAGCGGACAGCGCCGCCCGAGGACGUGGAGUCCGACCAAGACGUGCUGGUCGUCCACCGAGACACCGACAACGCAGACCCCUUUGUAGAUAAGUUCGACGAGGAGGACGACGGUGGAGUAGUGGUGUGCGGACGCGCUGCUCUGGUGCGGCUGAGCGCGGGCUGCGUGGUGGUCGUGCGCCGAGCUCCGCUGGCCACGCUGUUCUACCGGAACAUGUUGCCAGAGCUACCUGUCACCACGUGCCCCGCCUGCCACACGCUCUACUACACGGAGGACUAUGAAGUACAACUGGUAACGCGGGGCCACUGCGGCUUCUGCCGUCAGCCAGCCGCUUGCGACCAGAGCGAGGACCACGAGCGGGUUCGGGGCUCCUCUACCGACGACUCCGGCCCGAGCAGCCCCCGGACUCCCCGCGACGAUCAGGCCACUUGGUGAUGGCUGCCCCUAAAUUGACAAGUGUACUGAAUGAAAGACGUCAAGUGAUAUCCGUCGCUUCUAUAUAUACAAUCCAAGUUAUUAUCGGCCAAAAUUAAUGGACAAUGCAAGGCUUGAACCCGCGCCUCUAACCUCCGGAACUUUUAACCUAAUGAGUGUACCAUUUAACUAGCCAUGCUCAGACAUAUGACAAAAUUGCUAUUAUCAUUACCAUCUGGAAGUGUAGUCAUCUCUUCAACGAACUAUCUUGCACGCACAACAAACUAUGGAAUGAAACUCUGUUUGAAAAAAUGUUUCCAGGACGAUAUGACACGGGUGUCGUAAAACGUUCUUGCUCGUACACUUUUCUAAAAGGCCGUCAGCGCUCAGCCACUGUGAUGUCUGAUGUUGCAGAUGAAUGUGGGCCGCGGUGAUCACUUAACAUGAGGUGACUAUCUAAUAUUUUAUAAUAUACAAUAAAAUAUUAUAUAAAAGUAGUAUUUAGAAUAAAUUAAAUAGAAGGCUACCAGAGAAGGAGGCUGUUUGAUUGUGCAACAAUCCCUCGUGUGUUUUGAUUUUCGUACUCCGACUAAGAGCCACCGCAAAAAAGUUAUUCUCUGCAACUAAUAUAAGUUUGACAACGAAAUAAUAUUGAUUUAAAAUUACGAUUAAAUACCUAUUUAUAUUAUAGAAAAAACUGAUCUAUUUUUAUAAGAUGAACUUAGGUAUACUAGGUAGGUACAGGUUUAAGUAAAGAAGACAACCCUUACGUCGUCAGAAGAGGUAAGAAUGACGCGAUAAAAAGAGAGAAAGCUUUAAAGGGAAUAUAAAAGUAAGUUAUUAACGUUGUGCGAUAUGAAUUGAGCAUAAUGUAUCCGCCUUAACACAUGGCAAGAAUCCCUAUUUCUUUAAUUGAUUUUGCGAAGUAAGAGAGGUCACUCCGCAAAGGUUAACUCAGGUUAGAGCAACGGAGGCAUUCACUAUAGAGCGCGGAUUCGAAUCCCGAAUCACCUAUAAAGUUUUGAUACGAAAACAAGAAAAAGUGUUUUUUUUUAAGUUCAGUGAAUAUGUAAAAGCCAUAACUUUGAACAUAAUAUUAUAAACUAAUGCAAAAGUUAAAGUAAAGAAAGUUUGUAUGUUGUGAGCCAUGUCGCCAUAAAUGAAUGUACAAACACUUAUAUUAAUGACCAUUGCACGCCUGUAAAUAAUAUCAUACUUAGUUUAUAAGUGGUCCAUAUUUACGAACUACACCUUGUGAUAUUGCCACCGCCGUUAUUCCAAAUAAAUUCAUUCAUUAACAUAA